UUCCCGCGCUGUGACAGUCCUGAGAUUGAGGGAUUUAUGCGUUUUUACGAGUGAUUCCGGGCUGUCAUACUAUGGUAAUUGUUUCAUAAUACGUCCAUCGCUGUAGGGGGAUGCGCUGGUUUGCACCAACCAAGCUGAAGUUCCACUAGUUGAAGCGUUGGUGGGAAGAUAAAGCUUGUGUACAUAGGAUACCUCAUGACCUAUGCAGGACUGGAGGAAAGGGGGGAUCGGAUUCUUGCAUCCAGAGACUGGAGGAACACAUCCACUGAUCUCCGGUCGAUUUGAACGGUCUGCCAACUGAAAUAAAGAGACCUUGGGCAGAUCUAUACAUAAACUGGUACCAGCCGCACCACUGGCAGCGGGCAAGGGGAUUCGUGCCUCUCUCCUCCGCUUCCCCAGUGCGCAUGGAUGAAAGUCACAGUUAAAAUGCAUGCGGCAAGUCUUGUCUGAUGUGGGAUUACCGCGUAAUCAUUCGCUCCCUUUUCUUUACCAUGUUCGAACUUUGGUUUUGGCUCUUUUUCCGAGAUGACACUGCUAAUUUCAGUCGCCGCUGGAAGAAUACAGGAGCCCUUUUUGCCGCGCUGGCUGUCACGUUAUUUGCGUGAAUGAGACUGUAUGUGCUCUUCGAUGCCUGGUUUAUGGAGCUAAACACCGAGGAGACUUGACUUUAAGGAUUUUUUUUUACAGCCCACCGACAGGCGGACGGUGAAAUCACGAAAUCCAUGUUUUCACUGAGGUUGGAGGAAAAAGAAGGGGCACAGCCGUGAUUGUCGGGAUGCUUUGGCGUUUACCGGGAACAGCACGGAUCGUUUUAAUCAUAGCAGGCGAAUAGAUUCCCCGUCCUCAUGUUGUUUGGACGGAGCUGGAGAGAAGGGAUCCGACAGUUUCCCCACUGUUGCCAAGUCGUGGGGUAUGUGGGAUGACACCUCAUACUGGUACCGCACUUGAGUGAGCUGGGGCAUCCUCUCCCAGGAAAAAUGCAUAUCUGGAUCCUAAAAAUAAUCCUUCUGAUUGCAUCAUCUCUGAGGCUGGUCGAGAUGUAUGACAAUUAUGGGGAGAUCUGUCGAAAUCUGUGCACAUGCGAGGAGAAGGAAGGGAUCCUGACGGUGAGCUGCGAGAACCGGGGGAUCAUCAGACUGACAGAGAUCAGCCCAGUCCAUUUCUCCAUGUAUCACCUCCUCCUGACAGGGAACCUACUGAAGAAGCUGUCGGUCAAUGAUUUCAUCAAUUACACCGGGGUGACCAUCCUGCACUUGGGGAACAAUGAUAUCUCGGAGAUAGAGUCGGGUGCCUUCAACGGACUCCAGGGAUUAAAAAGGUUGCACCUGAAUAACAACAAGAUUGAAGUUCUGAGGGAUGACACCUUUGCAGGACUUGAGAGUUUGGAAUACCUACAGAUUGAUUAUAACUACAUCACUAAUAUAGAGCCCAAUGCCUUGAGCAAACUACACCAACUAACAGUGAUGAUUUUGAAUGACAACCUACUCUCUGCCAUGCCUCCGAAUAUCUUCCGGAAUGUUCCCCUUACGCACUUGGACCUGAGGGGGAACCGGUUAAAGAUGUUCCCCUACAUCGGCCUCCUGGAGCACAUGGACAAAGUUGUGGAAUUACAACUGGAGGAGAAUCCGUGGAAUUGCUCCUGUGAGCUCAUUGCUCUGAAGGCUUGGCUGGAGAGUAUAGCUUAUACAGCUCUGGUGGGAGAAGUGGUGUGCGAGACACCAUUCAGGCUCCAUGGUAGGGACCUGGAUGAGGUGUCCAAGCAGGAACUCUGCCCAAGAAGACCCCCAGAUGAUACGGUCAGGCCUGCACCCCCUAGCAGCACCAAUGGAUAUUACCAGACCACACCUGCUGCUGUCACAGCCUCUGCCACCUCCUCGGCUGUUUUUAGGUCCUCUUCUAGGCCUACCAAGGGCACGCGGCAAUUUAACAGAACUAGGAUAAAGCCCACCUCCCGAAUACCAGGCGGUAACCCUUACAACUAUGGCCCCAUUAUUGCUUUUCAGACCAAAUCUCCCGUGCCUUUGGACUGCCCCACUGCCUGCACGUGUAAUCUGCAGAUAUCUGAAAUUGGGCUAAACGUCAACUGCCAAGAGAGAAAGAUUGAAAGCAUUUCUGAUCUAAAACCCAAGCCAUACAAUCCUAAAAAAAUGUAUCUCACUGGAAAUUACAUCCCUGUGGUACGGAGAUCAGAUUUUGUUGAUGCCACUGGAUUGGAUUUGCUUCACCUAGGAAACAACAGGAUAACGCUGAUCCACGACCGGGCUUUUGGGGAUUUAACCAACCUGCGUAGGCUGUAUUUAAAUGGUAAUCUCAUGGACAGGCUUACAGGAGAAAUGUUUUUUGGUUUGCAGAACUUGCAGUAUCUUUAUUUAGAGUACAACAAAAUCAAGGAGGUUGAUGCGGGCACUUUCCGCUACCUCCCUAAUCUCCAGCUGCUUUUCCUCAACAAUAACCUCCUGAAAACCUUACCGGUGGGCAUCUUUUCCAGCCUGUCCCUGUCUAGGCUUAAUCUGCGUAACAACUAUUUCCAGAACCUGCCUGUGAGUGGUGUUUUAGAUCAGCUGAAGCUGCUGUUGCAGAUAGAUCUGUUUGAAAACCCCUGGGACUGCUCCUGUGACAUAGUGGGGAUGAAGAUAUGGCUGGAGCAGCUCAGCGCAGGCACUGUGGUUAACGAGGUCGUGUGUGAGACACCCAAACGCCACACAGGGAUGGACGUGCGCUUGAUCCAGUCGGAGCAGCUCUGCCCAGACUACUCUGACGCUUACGUCUCUCCAACUCCCCCUACAGAUGAGCCCAUGGACGACCGGGUCGUCACCACAGCCGCUCCACAGAAGUUCAACACCCCCAGCAGCACUGUCCCCCUCUCUGUCCUCAUCCUCAGCCUCCUGCUCGUUUUCAUCAUGUCUGUCUUUGUGGCCGCAGGGCUGUUUGUUGUAGUGAUGAAAAAGCGCAAAAAGUCACAGAGUGACCGCACUAGCACCAACAAUUCAGACGUCAGCUCUUUUAACUUGCAGUACAGCCUCUACAGCAACCGCUCUGGCCCUAAAGUUAAGGCCCCAGCCGGUCACGUCUAUGAGUAUAUUCCCCAUCCCAUGGGCCAUAUGUGCAAAAACCCCAUUUACAGGUCGCGGGAAGGAAACACAGUGGAGGAUUACCGUGACCUGCAUGAGCUCAAGGUCACAUACAGGAGUACCCCGGAUGAGGAGAGGGAUAGCAGUACGAUGAGGAGCCCUACGUACAGUGUUAGCACCAUCGAGCCCCGUGAAAACCCCUCCCCGGUCCAGGAUGCUGACCAUUUCUUCAGAGGCAUCCUUGAGCCUGAUAAGCAGUCCCCCCAUCAGUCCAUCCCAUCCAUCCCAGCAGGUGCCAAUUUAGAAUACAAGUACACAGGGCCUGUGUCGUACACAUACAACCCAAAUUUUGAUGUCAGACGUCAGUUCUUGCACCCGGAGAGGAUAAGAGAAACAGUGCUCUAUGGCACAGCACCCAGUACUGUUUAUGUUGAGCCCAACAGAAAUGAGUACUUGGAGCUAAAAGCUAAACUGCAGUCUGAGCCUGAUUACCUCGAAGUUCUUGAGAAACAGACCACCUUUAGCCAGUUCUGAGCAACAGAAUCAUUAAUGUAAUGAAGCAUUUUCUCUCUUGACCCUCCUUGAAACAGUGGCUCUGUUUAUAGGGUGCCUUGGCACGAUACAAACAAGCAAAAGCAAAGGAGUUGAAACGGGGUGUGCCGAACAAUCUUAUUCUUAUUUCUGAAACAUGACAUUACAGGAAUGGAUACAGCUUUCUGAAACAUGGAUGAACAAAAUUGCUCUACUUAACUGAUGAUGCAAAAUCUAUUUUUCUAUGCUGAAGAUCGAAUAACACACAAAAUGUAAGUGUACAGGUAAAACUUACCCAACUUCAUUUUCAGGAAUAUAACCAUACAUAAGGUAUAUUGUGAAUCAGAAAAGAAAUGUUUAUAAAAAUCACUCCCGGACAAAAACACUGUACAGCAGAUCAUCAAAACUGUGUAGGACUAUUUUCUGCUGUAGUCUGUAAGUAAGUAUUUAUUGAUAUAAUCUGCCAUGUCUUUUCAAAACUUUUGAUUCUACAUCAAUAUUACCUGUGUCAUCAUACUCCAUGAUCCUCUAGAAAGGCUUAUGUUUGUAGUUUCAUUUACUGUAGCUCUGCAUUGUAAAAGUGGCUUUUUUUGAAAGUGGCACACCCCCAAUGUUCAAAAAAGACUGCGUCAUUUGAAGAAGAUGAAAAAAAAAAAAGUGUCUUUGUAUGCUUUCUGCACUUUUUGGAAUUGGAAGGCGAGUUAGCCUUCAAUGAGCUCUCAUAAAGGAGAUUAUUAUAUUAAAAAUGAAUAUGGGUAUUCAUUCUUAAUAUGUAGAAUUGAUAUGUUAUCAAAAACAAAAUUCAUAAAUGAUAUUUGAAGUAUUAAUUAUGUUGUGUAAUACUGAUAUUUUAAUCAAUGUAACACCUAUUUUUAUACAAGCAUUCGCAGAUUCUCUAUCCCUUAUCAAUUUCAUUUGUUUUGAUUGCUUUGCACUUAUUGCACUAUAUUGACCAAACUAUGUUAUUGUCAUCAAAUAAACAUGAUGUCAGGUUCAUAUAAUGUGCUUAUGAGGAAACUAAGGCUGUUGGUGAUGAUGUGAAGGAGGCAGUUUUGGUUUGGUCCAAAAUCUGAGUUUCACAUUCAGACAGCGAAUGAAAUCAUCCAUCAAAACAGUGCAGAGAAGAGUGUUUUUCAAGGGUGAAAAGUUAUUUUAUUUUGUUAUCAAGCGACAACACAAUGGCUGCUAACAAUUGAACAUGUUGUGGAACAGAUCAAGAUACAGUAAAUAUGCUUCACUCAGACGGGCAACUAGCGUCUCACUGAGAAUUAGAAUCAAUGGGUUUGAAUCAAUGAGCAUUAUCUGAGGAUGUCCCUUUGCAAUUAUGCCAUGACAACAGCAUUCAUGUUGCUGCCUGGCAAGUAAUAAGUUGGUCAUUUGUAUAAACAUGAGUGGAGUUGACUUGAAAUGAAAUGCUAUUCUAGCAUUCUGACAAAGCCAAUUGGUGCAAACCUUGACACUGAUUAAGACGUACAGCUGCUGGAUUAAGAGCGUGUUGUCACAACCAUUUUUAAUUCUUCUUCUUUUCUUUUAAUUGGUUUGUUUCAUGUGUGAUCAUCUCUUAGAUAUAUUUCUUUGUUUUAAAAAUAGAUAUUAAGAAAAUAUGUUGGAAAAAAAAAGCUACUUGGUUCUUGAAUCUUUUAAGCGCUUGUUUGGGGUUUUUUCUUUAACUUGCUCUUCAUUUGACCCACUUAAAAUCCAAUAUGCAAAGUAGGCCUAUAAAAAUGCAAAGGAUGCACGGUGCCACCAUUUUCAGUGUGCAGUGAGCAUCACCGUUUAGGAAUUCAAUGUUCUUUCACGGAGACAGGCAGGGAUCUCUCGGGAGAGGAGGCACAAAACUCCAUGUCAGACACCUUAAUCUAUCCCCUUAUUGUUUAUUAUAAAUUACCCAUUACCGUGACUUCGCCUUUGUCAGCAAAGAUCUGCUGUAAAACUGCAUUUUAUUAAUUUUCACUUCAUUUUAGCGAACUGCGAGCCGACCUUUUCUCAAUGACAAAAAAAAAAGUGGAAAAUGAAAAUCAUCCUGCUCAGGGUCCUUUUUUUGUUGGAUCCUUUCAUAGAUGCCCAGAAUGAGAACAGAAGGCACCAUUUGGGAGAUGAGGAGUUCUGGAACCGAGUGUAGCUGUGGAUGUGUCAUACAUGUAGCAGGGGAUGUGAAUCAUAGCCAAGAAGUGUGUGCAGUCGCCUAGCAUUGGUGGCCUAUGGGACCGAACAGUGUUGACAGUUUCUGACAUGGAUUUUUUAUUUAUUUUUCUCAUGCCAACAUGGAAAAAUCCUUUAUGGAGGGGGAAAGCAUUUGAAAUCAACCUGUUCAGUGGAAUGACACAAUGUAUAAAAUGUGGCCCAGCUGGUGGUCUGUUGUUUGAUUUAAUUUCCUAGAAUAUUAUAUUUUUCAGCAUGAUUUGACUAAGUUCACAGAACUCCAGAGGAAAAAAAAAAAAACCUGCUUGAGCACAAUUACAUAA